AUGCCUCGGAACCGAGCCUUUUCUGAGCCAGAGUACUCUGCAGAGUAUUCGGCUGACUGCUCGGUGACACUGCCCUCUGAUCCCGGGCAGGCAGUGGGCCGAACACACGAGGUCACGGUUCGGAGUUCAGGAUGCUGCCUCUGCCUGCCACGGUUCAUGCGGCUCACCUUCGCACCCGAGUCUCUGGAGAACCUCUACCAGACCUACUUCAGACGACAGAGACAUGAGACCCUGCUGGUGCUCGUUGUGUUUGCCGCCCUCUUUGACAGCUACAUUAUUGUCAUGUGUGCGGUGGUCUAUACCACUGACAAGCUGGCUUCUGUUUUAGUGGCCUCAGUGGGACUGGCAGCAGAUAUUAUCCUCUACCUGUUGUGCCGCUUCGGGCUGCUGCCAGACCGCAUCUCGAGACGGGUUGUGCCCUAUGCCCUGUGGGUGCUCAUAGCAGCUCAGAUAUUCUGCUAUCUGGGUCUGAACUAUGCUCGCUUCCACCAGGCUAGUGACACAGUUGGCUGGCAGGCUUUCUUUAGCUUUUCCUUUUUCCUGACUCUGCCUUUGAGACUGACACCCAUCGUGCUCAUCACUACUGUAUCCUGCGGGGUUCACACCCUGGUUCUGGGCGUCACCAUCGCCCAGCAGCAGCAGGAGGACAUCCAGGGAGCAGCACUUGGCAGACAGCUGCUGGCCAACAUUGUAAUCUAUGUUUGUGCCAUCACCGUGGGUAUCAUGUCGUACUACAUGGCUGACCGGAAACAUCGGAAGGCCUUUCUGGAGGCAAGACAGUCACUGGAGGUCAAACUCAAUCUGGAGGAGCAGAGCCAGCAACAGGAACGUCUGCUGCUCUCCAUCCUUCCAAAGCACAUAGCUGAUGAGAUGCUUCAAGACAUGAAGAAGGAGCCUAGCCAGAAAGAGAUGCAGCAGUUCAACACCAUGUACAUGUACCGACACGAAAACGUCAGUAUUUUGUUUGCAGACAUCGUGGGCUUCACCCAGCUGUCGUCGUCCUGCAGCGCUCAGGAGCUGGUCAAACUGCUCAACGAGCUUUUUGCUCGCUUUGACAAACUGGCUGCAAAAUAUCAUCAGCUGAGGAUCAAGAUUCUGGGAGACUGCUACUACUGUAUCUGUGGGCUGCCGGACUACAGGGAGGAUCAUGCUGCCUGCUCCAUCAUGAUGGGCCUGGCCAUGGUGGAGGCCAUCUCGUAUGUCCGAGAGAAGACCCAGACGGAUGUCGACAUGCGGGUCGGAGUGCACAGUGGUACAGUCCUGGGCGGAGUGCUGGGGCAGAAACGCUGGCAGUACGACGUCUGGUCUACAGACGUCACUGUGGCCAAUAAAAUGGAGGCUGGAGGGAUACCAGGUCGUGUCCACAUCUCACAGAGCACCAUGGAGUGUCUACAUGGUGAGUUUGAUGUGGAGCCAGGGAACGGAGGUGACCGCUGUGACUACCUGAGGGAGCGGGGCAUCGAGACCUACCUAGUAGUUGUUCCUAAAGGACCUGUGGGAAAGAAUGGCAUCAACGGUGUAAAGCUGUCUGUAACCUCUUCCAAUGGAAACUCCCCGCUGUUGAUUAACACCACAGAGUGUAACGGCAGUGUUAACACAGCCUGCACCACACCCGAGGAACCGGAAGAACUGGACACAAGGGUGGUGAAUCCAUCUUUCCCUAACCCUCGGAGAAGGCUGCGGCUGCGGGACCUUGCUGAAAGGGUGAUUGAUGCUCAGGAGAAUGAACAGGAGCUCAACAAACUGCUCAAUGAGGCUCUGCUGGAGAGAGAGACAGUCCAAGCUCUGAAGGGGAAACACACAAACAGGCUCUCCCUGAGGUUUGUGGAUCCAGACCUGGAGACUCGUUACUCGGUGGAGAAGGAGAAACAGAGCGGAGCUGCCUUCUGCUGCUCCUGUGUGGUCCUGCUCUUCACUGCAGCGAUGGAAGCACUCAUAGACCCCUGGCUGAUUGCAAACUACAUCACCUUUGCAGUGGGCGAGGUACUGCUGCUUAUCCUGACAAUCUGUUCUCUGGCCGCCAUCUUCCCUAGAGUCUUUCCAAAGAAGCUGGUGUCUUUCUCCACCUGGAUCGACCACACCCGCUGGGCUCGUAACACCUGGGCUAUGGCAGCCAUCUUCAUCCUCACCAUGGCCGACAUCAUGGAUAUGCUGAGUUGUCUGCCUCGAGUCUCAGACACAGGCAGCCCCACUAUGGCUCCCUCCUCCUCCUCCUCCUGGUCUGGCCCUGACAGUUGCUUGAACAACCCCAAAUAUUACAGUUACAUCGCUGUGCUGGCAUUGAUGGCCACCACCAUGCUGGUUCAGGUCAGUCACAUGGUCAAGCUGACACUGAUGCUGCUCAUCACAGUGGCCACGGGCAUUGUUAACAUCUACAGCUGGAGGGACAUCUUCGACCGCUAUGACAUGGACCGCUUCCAGAACUACAGGUUAUACCUGGUGCCUUCCAAAUUCACAAUGACAAUUAUGAUCUUCAUUAUGAUGGUCAGCUUCUAUUAUUUCUCCCGACAUGUGGAGAAGCUCGCCCGCACCCUGUUCCUGUGGAAGAUUGAGGUCCAUGAGCAGAAGGAGAAAGUGUAUGAGAUGAGGCGCUGGAAUGAAGCACUGGUGACCAACAUGCUGCCUGAACAUGUUGCUCGACACUUCCUUGGCUCCAAGAAAAGGGAUGAGGAGUUGUACAGCCAAUCCUACGAUGAGAUUGGAGUCAUGUUUGCCUCAAUCCCCAACUUCUCUGACUUCUACACAGAGGAGAGCAUCAACAAUGGAGGGAUUGAAUGCUUACGGUUCCUCAAUGAGAUCAUCUCAGACUUUGACAGUCUGCUGGAUGAGCCUCAGUUCCGCUGCAUUACAAAAAUUAAGACCAUCGGCAGCACCUACAUGGCAGCAUCAGGUGUCACCCCAGACAUCAGCAAUGGCUACGCCUGUAUGAAGAAGGAGGAGCAGUCUGACAGAGAGCGCUGGCAGCACCUGGCAGACCUUGCAGACUUUGCUCUGGCAAUGAAGGUCACACUCAUGAACAUCAACUACCAGUCAUUCAACAACUUCAUGCUACGCAUUGGUCUGAAUAAGGGCGGAGUAUUAGCAGGAGUAAUUGGUGCCCGAAAACCACACUACGACAUCUGGGGCAACACUGUGAACGUGGCCAGUCGCAUGGAGUCGACAGGGGUUAUGGGAAACAUCCAGGUGGUGGAGGACUGCUACAACAUCCUGAAGGAGUAUGGCUUCCGAUUUGUGAGGAGGGGGCCCAUCUUUGUGAAGGGGAAAGGGGAACUGCUCACUUAUUUUCUGAAGGGAAGAGACAAACAAGGCUCUUUUAUCAACAGCUCCUCUGUCACUCUGCCACACCAGGUGGUGGACAGCUAAGGGCCACACUCACUCAUAUGUGCACACACACACACACACACACACACACACACACACACACACACACACACACACACACACACGUUCAAUAUCUAAGGUAUAUGUGCAAGUAGCGAUUGUACUGAAGAAUUUACUGAAGAGAUUAGAAACUGAGUGCGUCAAACACAUAGAUACAGACUAAAUUGUAUUAAAACAAUACAAAAUAAAAAUAAUUAUAUUAAUAAAGGCAAGUAUAGAUGGGAUAGGCUGGCAGCAGCAAAGUCAUUACAUGACUUCAUGCCCCCUAGUCGAGUGAUGGCCACAUUUUGUUUAAUUUAUAAAUUUCAUUUAGAAGUUGAAUUUCAUUGAUAAAAUGUAAGAAAAAAGCUUUCUUGCAAUGUUAAGAAAUAUUUUGAAAGAAAUCCUGGAUUUGCACCAAAAUGAAUCACGUGUUUCUUGAAAAUGACUUACCUUUUCACCAAAUAUAGUGGGAUUUCCUGCUAAUCAGCAAACAGACAAACUGAUAGUGACUUGAAAUUGAAUGUAAUUAAACAGCCAGUUCACCCCCCUUACAAAAAGAAAAGUAAAGCAGUGAUGAAUGGACACUCGCAUACUUCGUGGGAGUGGCUGAUGUGGUAUCGUUAUUGGAGACACAGAUUUGAAUUUUCACAGCUAUUGGACAGUGCAUGAAUAAGCUGGAGAUGACAUUGGAUAUCAUGUAUAAUACAUUUACCGGAGGUCAUCUGACAUGGAUAAACAUUUUCAUGAAUAUUGGACACUGCAUGAAGGAGUUAAAUAUCACUUCCUGUGUCAACUAUGUGGCGCUAGAGAACACAUACUAAUUUUACAUUAUUUUUCUGCAUACCAAGUGGAGACCACACAAUGAAAUUAUAUAUAAAUCAAAAAAAGCUUUCUGCUACCAGUCGGUGGCGCUAUGACUAUGCCUCAAUAUUGGCAUGUAGAUGUCUUUAGGGACUCCUAUCAAGCAUGUGAUUAUUUGGGGCAGAUUAGACAAUGUACACUCAAGUUACAACAAGUUCCAUAAAAACCACGUCCGUAGUAUUGUGAAGGUCUUUACACUUCGCUGACCAAAUUUGGGGUGGAUCUGGUUGAGCUGCUAGAAGGACUUCCUGAAAGUAUAGCACCUUUUUAAAAUGGCACACUUAAAUCAAAAUGGCUGAUUUCCUGUUGGGUGUAGGGCAUGGCACCAAGAGGCUUUUGUCUGGAAAAGUACUUACCAAAUUUUGUAAAGCUAGGUGAAAUGUAGAUGUGUGUGCCAACCCUAAGCACUCAAAAAUGCAACUGAAUGGUAAAAUGAAUAAUAAUUCCUGAAAUACAAAAACAAUACAUAAAUACUUUCUCCUUUGCCUGUGUGGUAUCUAGUCUUGCAGAUAGUUUUGAUUUUAUUUCCUUAGGUGCCCCAGAACCUUCUGUCCUCACCUUAAUGUAAUAGAGGGGAAUGAAAUAUUAUUGUUACUGCAGUAUGGAACUGGAGGCUUGUAGAAUGUUUUCACACUCUACUGUGACAAAGCAAAAAAACAGCCUCUCCAUACUGACAGUGUAUAUAAACAGUGUUGGGCAAGUUACUCAGAAAUUGUAAUUAGUUGCUAGUUACUUAUUACUCCUUAAAAAAGUAAUAAUGUUACUUUACUUGUGACUGGGUGAUUAUUUUCAUUACCACCCCCCCCCCCCAAACAAAGCAUUCUCUCCCAACUCCCGACUUUUUAGCUAAUAUCAUAUUUAUAACAGCAGCAAGGACUAUGGUUUUUAUGCAAGUCUCUCCUGACUUUUGAACUACUGUUCUUUUUUGAUAGUAGACAAUAAACUAGAGGAAGGGGGUGUGACAUGCAACAAAGGUCACCAGCUCGAAUCAAACCAGGGACAUGGCCGUUUUGUGGUAUGCUCUGUAAUGUAACCAUUCAGCUAUCGCAACACCCCAUGUUAAAUUCCAUUUCGGUCACAUUCAGUUUUGUCUUAGCGCAAAACAUUUGAAUUGAGUAAUUCAAACAAAAAUGGUGUUUUGAAUUCAACAUUUCAGCAUGAGGAUGACUAACAUGCCUAAUUUAAACCGAAAUAAUUUAAAAACAAUGAUGGUCUUUAAUUACUUUUUGUAAAUGUCUCUCAGAUAAAAACAGAACAUUGAUCUCACACACACACACACACACACACACACACUUACUAGCCUUUUUGCAAACACACCAGUUUUGAUGCCAUCUCCUCAGCACAUUAACGCUAUGUGGCUUUUGGACAUUCUGGACAUUUCUACCCAUACUUCCAUGUACAGGAACCUGAUUGACUGAUUUGAGUUCACAUUUUCUGUCUCUGACGAGGAAGAGGAUUUGGAAGUGGACCAAUGAGAGGCUAGAGUGUGACAGUAGAGACUGAUCUGCCACCUGCUGCUUGCCCAUGUGUGGUUAUGGGUGUGUAUAAGAGUGUGUGCGUUGCUCAUAGUGUAUUUUUCCACAGUCGCAGUGUUCUUUCUCCUUCGUCUGAUCUGGGAACAUGUCAGGUCUGUCAGUACUGCGCUCUCCUCUCUGCUCCUGGACCUCUCUACACCGCUGGCUUCUGGACUUUGCUAUGCGUCUGUACAGUGUGAUGUAGGUGAGGGACAAAAGUUAGCACACAUGGCAGAGAGAUUUUUCACACGGAUUGUGGAUUGACGAAAGUGCCUAUUGCAGCUAUGAUCGCCAUGUUUUAAUUAAAUUGAGGAAUUCCCAGGCCCUCUACAAGCGAGGGAAAUUUCCAAUGCUGUGAAAAGAUAAUUCCAGUUCAUUAAAAUCUUUGUAGCACAUUAGAGUCUGUUAGACUAAAAUGGUAUAGAUAAUCUGAUUAAAGCACUGGGUUUGUAUCCAACAUGUCUGAAUGUCUGACUGCUUGUGUUUCUUGACCAAUUAGACCAAAUUUUAAUUGUAUUUUUAUUUUAGACCUUAUGACAUAAAAUCUUGGCCUUGACUUGAAGGGGCAAUAUGUAGUUUUUCAAUGAAAUCACUUAUCAAUAAAUCAAAUUCUGCCUUAUUGUCAAUGGGCUGUAGCCUCAUUUAGAAAUUAAGCACACACCUUGUUUCUUUGUUGCUUGCAUCAGCCACUAUUCUGCUUUUAAUGUGAAGGCACGGGGUCGCGAUGUAGCCCUGUGCGCGCCCCCGAGCCUCUCUCCAACUAUACCGACAACACCGCAGCUAAUGACAUGCGGUCCACUAACACAACAAAACAACCGGCUCCCAGCACAACACAGACUCCAACAUAAACUCCACAUAAGGAUAAAAACAAUAAAGGUUCAUGUGUUGACGCCCAUCAGACCAAACGAGAUUCAGAUGAUGUUGGAUGAAAAGUGAAGUGAACCUCAGAAAGGCUGGCAUCAUGGAGAGAGUCACGCUAGCUUGCCGGCUAAUGUUAUGCGGUGCAAAAUUAUAUCACUUUCCACAUUACUUGACCCGCUAACGCGACCCUAUUACUAUCCUGUGUACCACCAGGAUUAUGUCAAAGUGUGUAUUUUAACCGCUGUCACACUGCCUUUGGGAAUGUUGAAGUAACAGAGUCUGAACACGUCUAUGUGAAAAGCCACAGCCGGCAUGCUGGUGUUUACGCAUUUACUGAAAACUACAUAAUGCCCCUUUAAUGGGUACCAUAUUAAAAAAGUCAAAAGGGACACAAGCUUUUAUAAACUGGAAUUUAAAGUACAAUGAACAGCACCAAAAAGUUAAAUUCAUGAAGUUGAACUUGCUGCAGCCUUUGGAUGCUGUUUGCACAAGAUUUGGAUCAAUCUCAUUUUCACCUGGUACUAAAAUCCGAUCUGUAUCUGGCUCUCAUUAUCUUAACUCUGCUCGUACUGUGGUCGGAUCGCGCCCAACGAUUUAGGAAGGCGAGCCAGCUGACUUUCUGCAGCAAUUGUCCAGUUUUGAUAUGACGUGCUGUCCAUCUACAGUGCUACUAAGCAGAGGUUUCAUCCAUUUCGAAGUAACUUCUUGCAACGGAAGAUAUGCUAGAUAUGCUACUACCUGUAGCUUUUUGGUGGCCAGCUUGAGAAAGCAGGAAGAGGCGGAGUUAAGUGACCUUUCUUGUUUGGUGCACUUUUUUCUUCAGAAUGUGGUCAAACUAAACAGACAUUAUUUACACCUGGCUAAGAUCUGAUCACAAUGUGAGCUUGACCACCUCCAGAUGUGGAUUCUGUGUGUGUUAAUACCUGGACAUGUUUUCCAUGAUCCUGAUAAUGUGUCAGAUACAGAUGUCAUGUUCAUAUCAAGUGGAAAUGGGGUCUUACUUUUCUAAUGCAUUCCGGCCUGAAAUUGCCUAUCUUCUGUGUGUCUUUCUAGUCUCUGUUUGCUUGUUUGUGUGAAGGGUUGCAUAUUCCAAAAUGAACACGUGUACACACAGGGUUUUGCAUAUACUAAUGUGUUUACACUUGCAGGAUAUGGUCUGUGUGGUCAACAACUGUUUUGGGUACAGUCAAAAUCUGCAAGAUGUAUGCAUUGACCCUCACAGAGCUGGCAGGUGAAAAAAUGUACAUUACUCGAACCCACCUGGCUAUUUGGACAGUCUAAGUUACACUUAAGAGGACAUGUCCUCUCACAACUUUAGCAGGUCUGACCCUCCAGCUGAGUCAUCUUGGUCCCUCUACCCAAGGUGGAAGUAAAGUUGAAAGGUUGAUGCCAGAAUUAACAUGUACACUGGAAAAGUGUCUUAGCAGUCAAGCUUAGAUAGCAAAAAAGGUUGACCUAAUUACAUGACAUUUUGGAACAAUUGCAGGCAAAUGGUGUAUUGGGAAAUGUUGAACAAGGCUGCACAAUAUGUAAAAACAGGUCUGACUACACACGCAGGGAUUGAAGCCCAUCACUGUGCCUCCUUUUUGUCAUUUUGCUUGCAACAACACACCAAAUUGUUUGCAUUUGGAUAACAUGUGACACUCCUUCUAAAGUUUGUAUUUCCGAUGUACCAAGGCGUUGAUAUGACAGUGAGCAGUGAAAUGCAGAAUGAGCAGGUGGCAGCUGUACUUCAUGUGUGUUUUGGGUGGAAGAUUUUAGAGAGCCGUUGCUCUUCUGCUGAUUGUGAUCCCAUUAGUGUCUCUAUAGAAUAGGAUGAAAGUGCAAUAGUUUCUUCUACAAACCAUGCGCUCUUCUCUUAUGAAAAGGUUCAGUCACUCCCCUUUAAUUCAUAUUUUUAUAAUGUAAUGUAUAAGUUUUGUUCUAUUUAAAGAAAGGGAAAGAGGACUGAAUGUAUCCUCAUUGUACAUAGAGUUUAGACAGUGUUUAUUGGAUUUAUUUAUUGGAAAAGACAGGGACAUCUUUUUCUUUUUUUUUUUUUUUAAACUGAUGUGGAAAUGCCAAUGAUGAAGGAAUGGCUUUAGAUGUAAAAGCCAAAACAUGGACCAUGGCUGUAAACUGAUUUGUAUUUUAAAAGAAUCUCAGGCUUGGGAACGAAAUAGCACUUUCAAUAAUGUAUUGUGAACUUUUUUUAGCUAAGUACCAACAGAAGAACACCGAAAUGCCAUCUGGAGAGCCCACACCAGCAGGGCCAGCUGAUGGCAUCAAAAGGCAACACAAUGUUUCUAUCAUGUGGUUCUGGUUGUUGUUACCAUUCAGCUUUUGUCAGAAUUUGAUUCAAAACUUUGAUCUUCUCCGUUUUUGUGAAUUAGACAUACUGUCGGUCUACUUAGCCUGUUCUGAGCAGUUGAUUCAUAUUCUGUUUUUUGAGUUAAGGAAUAUCUCCCUCACCCUUUCAUUUCAGUUGUUUGUCAUCAUAACCGUGAGUUGAUUAAAAAAAUCUAAUAAA